AUGUCCGUCAUCGAGUCGGAACGAAAUCCGCGCGCUGGCGCUGAAGAGUCCGAGUCCUUGUGCGAGACUCCUCCGCCGCAUGAGCUGCACUCUUCCGGCGCCCUGCUAUCUAGCGAAGCGGCAGUAUCAGCCGAAGGACAUGUCACGAUCAGCUUCCAGUCGGAUUGUCCACAGCAACUUGCGGAACAGCUCCCCCCUUUUCCGACAGCCGAGAGGGCCGCAUUACCGAUUAACGGAGCGGAAAACAUACCGCCUCUGAAUAUUGUCAUUCAAGUGGUGGGCAGUCGUGGUGACGUUCAGCCCUUCAUCGCCCUUGGGACCGCCCUGCGUCGGUACGGCCAUCGGGUCCGACUUGCGACGCAUGACAACUUCGCCGGCUUCGUCACUGACUCUGGCUUGGAAUUUUUUCCCAUCGGCGGCGAUCCUGCAGAUCUGAUGUCGGUAUGUCUGGCGUUCCAUGAGCCACAUUUUGAUCUGAGCCGGAAACUAACUGCUGCGAAGUACAUGGUCCGCAACCCCGGGCUGAUCCCUUCUAUGGAAUCUUUGAAGGGAGGCGACGUGGGUCGAAAGCGCCGCAUGAUGCGCGAGAUGCUCCACGGGUUUUGGCGCUCUUGCAUCGACCCGGGCCCCGUUAGCAGACGGCCGUUUGUCGCCGAUGCCAUCAUCGCCAACCCCCCGAGCUUCGCUCACGUGCACUGCGCCCAGGCACUCGGCGUCCCAGUCCACAUCAUGUUCACGAUGCCGUGGACCGCGACGCGUGCGUUCCCGCAUCCGCUGGCCAACAUCCAGCGCAGCAAAGACCUGGAACCGCAGGUGACGAACUGGCUGUCGUACGGCGUGGUCGAGCUGAUGACCUGGCAAGGCCUGGGCGAUGUCAUCAACAGCUGGCGGCGAAGUGACCUCGAACUUGCACCAAUCCCAGCCAGCAUGGGCCCGGGCAUCACGACCUUUCUCAAGAUCCCGCAUACCUAUUGUUGGUCCCCAGCAGUGGUUUCCAAGCCCGCUGAUUGGGGGCCGGAGGUUGAUGUGUGUGGUUUCUUCAUGCGCGAUGAGCCAGCCUACAGUCCGCCCGCCGACCUCGAUGCCUUCCUCUCAUCGGGACCUCCUCCGGUGUAUGUCGGGUUCGGUAGCAUCGUAAUCGACGAUCCGACGCGCUUGACGGAAAUCGUUCUGGAAGCCGCACGCGUCUGCGGUACUCGUCUCCUGAUCUCACGAGGAUGGAGCAAGCUCGGCGAGGGCAGGCCGAACACGGGCAAUGUGUUUUACCUGGGCGACUGUCCGCACGAGUGGCUGUUCAAGCGGGUGUCGGCAGUGGUGCACCACGGAGGCGCCGGGACGACUGCCUGCGGUCUCGUCAACGCGCGCCCGACCGUCAUCGUGCCGUUCUUCGGCGACCAACCGUUCUGGGGCCGAGUCGUCGCGAAAGCGGGUGCGGGUCCCGCGCCCAUCCCGCAAAAGGAGCUCGACGCGAUGAGACUGGCGGAAGCCAUUCGUUUCUGUCUGUCGCCCGUGGCAAACCAGGCCGUUCAAGCCGUGGCGGAGAAAAUGCGUCAGGAACACGGCGUCGACGCCGCGGUGCGGUCGUUUCACCGCAACAUCCCAGCCAGCGCCAUGUGCUGUCAUCUCUUUCCCGACCAGCCUGCCGCAUGGACGUACGAGAAGACCUCGAAGACGGGACGGAAAAGCCUGAAGCUUUCGAACCAGGCGGCUGCGUGUCUGCUUGGGUCGGAGAGAGUGAAGGUUACCGACUUGAGAGUGCUUCGAACGAACGAGUACGAUACCGACGUCAAGCGAUGGGACCCUCUAACUGGCGGCGCCUCCUCGCUCCUCGGCACCAUUACUGACUUCACGUUCGCUCUCGGCGGGACAUUUAUCGACCCGUGGAAGGCAUACAAGCGCACCAGAACCUCCGGCCAGGAUGCGGGACGCGCCAGCGAUGCAGCCGCCAUGGCCUUUGGCAACGGGUUCGUCUCCAUGACCAAGGCGGUGGUCAAAGGCGGCUUCGUUGACCUUCCUUUGGCCAUCGCCGAAGGUUUGCACCACGCGCCUCGAUUAUAUGGCGACAAGCCCCGGGAGCACGGCAAGGUGGAGGACUGGAAGAGCGGCAGGACCGUGGCUGCCAAGACCUUUGGAACUGGCUUUUACGACGGGUUUACAGGUGUCUUUACCGAUCCUUACAAAGGUGCGAAGGAAGGAGGGGCUCUUGGUCUAGCCAAAGGGCUGGGCACAGGGACUGUCGGGCUCGCCCUCAAGCCGGGAGCAGCAAGGACAGGCCGGAGCCGCGCAGUGUGGACGGCAAAAUCAGCAGUUCUGGACCACGACCAACGGCAGCGCAACGGGACACCCCGCGGCGGCGGAAGCAAGGCCCUGCAGGUUUUUGACGCGUACUUUGCGCCAUGA